AUGGCAAUACGCCCGUAUGUCUUCCGCAGCUUCCUGUUUCCUUAUCAGAAUGGCCAGACCCGGCCCAUGCAGAUAGGUCUCGAAGCGCCACCUUCUCCUGGCGCGCAACAACAGCAUUGCAGCGCCUUCUAUUCCGAGUCCACUUCUCACCUGACCACCAAAAGCCAUACAAUGCCGUACAUCACAGUCCAGGAUGGCACGGAAAUAUACUACAAAGACUGGGGAAAGAAGAAUGCCCAGCCCAUCGUCUUCUCCCAUGGCUGGCCGCUAAGCUCAGAUAAUUGGGAAGCCCAAAUGUUCUUCCUCGCCGACCACGGCUAUCGCACCGUCGCGCACGAUCGCCGUGGUCAUGGACGAUCUAGUCAGCCGUGGGGUGGGAAUAAUAUGGACCAGUAUGCGGACGAUCUGCACGAGCUCUUCGAAGCACUGGAUCUGAAGAACGCCAUGAUGGUCGGGCACUCGACUGGUGGAGGCGAGGUAGUGCGAUUCUUGAGCCGACAUGGCACGGAGCGAGUCUCCAAAGCCGUGCUCGUUUCGGCUGUGCCACCGCUGCUGACAAAAUCCGAAGCCAGUCCCUUCGGUGUUCCCAUGGAUGUGUUCGACUCGUUCCGUGGCGCCAUGAUUAAAGACCGAGCCCAAUUCUUCUUCGAUGUCCCGACAGGCCCGUUCUUCGGCUUCAAUCGUCCUGGUGUCACGCCAAGUCAGGGCGCAAUUCAGGAUUGGUGGAGACAGGGAAUGCAAUGCGGAUUCAAGAAUGCGUACGAUUGUAUCAAAGCUUUCUCAGAGACUGACUUUACGGAGGAGAUGAAGAACAUAGAGAUUCCCGUGAUGGUCUUGCAUGGUGAUGACGAUCAGGUUGUUCCUUUUAAUGCGAGCGGGAAGCGGAGUGUGGACUUGGUGAAGAACGGGAAGCUAAAGGUGUACCCAGGCGCACCGCAUGCACUGCUCAAUAUUUGUGCGGAUGAGGUCAACCAGGAUUUGUUGAGAUUCGUCCAGUCGUAG